AAGGCCUGCGCCGUGACGGACAGGGUGGGAGGCGAGAGGGAGGGACCUGGCAGACAGGGAGUAGAGAGAGAGAGAGAGAGAGGGAGAGAGAGAGAGAGAGAGAGAGAAAGGGAGACAGCGAGUGGGUUGGAAGCCGCUAUAAAAGGGAGCGCUGAAGCACUGACUUCACACACGCAGCCAGAGAGAGACGAGACCUGUUGGAACAGAAGCGCUCGCAUCGAAGGAGCGAGGAGGAGACGUUGACCCCGAGCCGUGACCCUGUGAGACGGGCCGCUCCCCAGUGCGCUUGGACCUGGAGGUUUUCGAGGGUCCGUUUGCUUGGCUUUUGGACGAACUAAGACACUUGGGACAGAGCACCGCGGGGAGCAGGAAAGGACGCUUUGAGACGUCGGGCCUGUCGUCCCCAAGCCGCGUCCCCGCCUGGCGUUGCGCUUGAUUCUUCACUCGGGCUUCUGUCCUUAGCGAUGGCUGCCGUGCGUCAGAUGGUCAUGGAGGCCUCCGGCUUCCACGUCCUGCCGGCCCACCUCAUGGCCUCGGCCAUGGAGGAGUUCCCCCAGCAGCUGCCCGUCCCCAAAGGCCCAGCCAGGGGCAAGAGCCGCUCCCGCCGGCCCCGCGAGGCCCGCUUCAAAACGCAGCCGGUCACCUUCGCCGAGAUCGCGGAGGUGGAGGAGGAGGGCUCCUCGCCGCUGGAGGAGGAGAGGGCGCGCCGGUCCUUCCUGCAGUCCCUGGAGAACCUGCGGCGGAGCACGCAGACCCUCCACUGCCCGCCGGCCGCCCAGCACGGCUGCAGCGCCGCGCCUACGCAGGCCGGCCUGGACUCCAGCGACUCCGACUCCACCCAGUGAGGGUGGCAGGACGGGCACGCCAACCCGCGCGCCCCCCCCCCCCGGCUUCACCCUGUGUGUGUGAGCUGCUGCUGUCAUUUGCAUUUAAUACUAACAUAUCGAGGUACGGUAGCUUGAAGACGCGCGGGCCGGUUGUGCCGCUGCAUACAGUAGAUGCCAUGAGUGGGAAAAGUAUCACAUGACGCCGCGUCCAACACACUCUUCAAAUGUAUUCCUUUUCUACCGCGCACGUCAAUGAGGAGAACUGAAAGUCGCUUGAUAUUUUUCCAUUUUAAAGUUGUGUCAAUAUUACUGCUUCAAUACAGAUUUUUCUACUUGAGCUGCCACCAUAGAGAGGACUGUUGAAUUGAAAUUUUGAUGUAGAACACUGUAAAUACUGCUUCUAUUCCUGAGAAAAUCUAAAUGCCUUUCUAAAUGUCUUUAUUUAUUAUCUUCUUCUUGUUCAUAACCACGUGCAGUUGUAGAUGUGAUAUUUUGUUGCUCUUUCUGACUUCUGAAGUCGACUUGACUUCAGAACAAUAUCAUAACCUUUAUACUUUAUUGUUAAACUUUAUACAUAUAUAUUACAAUGUUUGCUACAUGUAAUUUAAUAAAUAUUUUCAAGUA